CACAAAAAUAAAAAUAAAAGUAAACACUUGAAGAGAAAGGUGAGGGGGUGAUUUUUGCAAUUCACUCAAACUCAGGCAUAUGCUUUUUCUAAAGGGGCGAUUAUCAGAUUAUGUUGCCAUUGUGUAUUAAAUAAAGAUAAGGUGAGGAACAGCCAUGGAAGCCGAGAAGAGCUUGGAGAUUUAUGAAUUCGGUCCCUGUGAAGAUUCCUACCAAAUGGGUUUCUCCAUUGGCAACCAUUUCUCCAACCUCAUAAGAAGCAGACUCUCCACGGACUCCAUAUUCAACCACCAACUUCUCCCUUUCUCUCAAACCCCACAAGCACAGUCCCUCCUCCAUUCUCUCUCCCACAACAAUUCCACCAAGUUCCCAGAUUACUGGAACGAAAUGCGAGGAAUCGCAAAUGGAUCUGGAGUCCCUUUUCUUCAUAUUAUGAUUUUAAACUUCCGGAAAGAGAUUCUCCCGUUCAUCCCAAAGUCAGAAAAAAUAGAAGUUGAAGAGACGAUUGAUGACUGUUCAGAUAUUCUUGUUGUUAGUGAUACAAUGGCUGUUGCAGCUCAUAACGAAGAUGCUAAUGUCGCUCUUGUCGGCCAUACAUAUCUGAUUAAAGCAACACUAUCUAAUGGAUUAUCUUACACAGCUUACACAUACGCAGGCGAGCUCCCAAGCUGCGCAUUUGGUUUCAAUAACCAUGGUCUGGCAUUUACACUAAACUCAGUACCACCAACCGAUUCAGAGAUUGUAGCCGGUGGGAUUGGCCGGAACUUCAUUUCUAGAGACCUUCUUGAAGCCACAAGCAUCGAUGAUGCAAUUAGUAGGAUUCGUUCAUCACAAGUUUCAAUCGGACACAGCUAUAAUUUAUUAGAUGUAAACUUAAGAAAGAUCCUGAACGUUGAGACUGCAUCAAGUCAACGAAUUUCAGUUCAUGAAAUCGGGUCAACCCCUUUCUUCCAUGCCAAUAUGUACCUUCAUCUUCAAGUAAACCAGGUGAUCAAGAGUAUCCUAUCUAUAUGCAAGGUCCGACCCUUUACACCUUAUGUACGGCUGUGAUUGAUUUGGAUGAAAGAACAAUGACAAUAAUCGAAUCCAAUCCAAGAAAAGGCGUACUCUCCUAUGUUUUCAAGAUCACUUAAUGUUCAUAAUUCUUUUUUAUUUGUUGUUUUGACAAUGUUGUAAGGAAUGUAAGCAUAUUAUGGUAUUGAAAACUGGAAAACAUGUUACAAUGAUAUGUAGAUUAUGCACAGGAAGAAAGAAAAAGAAAUAGAUAAUACGUUUAGAAUGAGAUCUUGUUAGAUUUAACCCGAGUGCCAGAUCUUUGACCCCGUGUUCGUGCUUCGAGUAGCUUUGACUUUAAGCUCGUUUGGUCCUUUGACUGGGGUGUGACUUUUGACUUUGACUCGGAAAUCUCAAGAUCUUCUAUGGGUAGCUUUGUGGUCCAUCCUCGAACGGGACUUGGAUGACUUUCCCAUACUGGUUUACUACCAGGGGCAUCUACGUCAUUUCCCGUUUGCAAAUAGUGGUUUUUUAGUAAAUUAUCCAAGUAUUUCGAGUUCAAACCUACCUCUUCUUCGGUUAUUUCUACAUGGUUUUCCUCUUCGGUUUUUAUUUUUGUCUCUUCUUGACCUAAUAUCGCCUGAGCCAUUUGUUCUUCAAACUUCACCUGCAAGCUAGAAGAAUCACGACCUUUUCCCGUUACUUGGGUUGCAAGUUUCUUCUUACCGUGAUCCGGUUUUGUAGUUGAAUUUACGAUUUCGCCCUUUCCACGGGCAACCGGUUUAUCGAGCUCAAAACAAGGUGAAUCACCACCAUCUGAAGAACCAUCAUCACCAUCAUCAGGAGGAGCACUAGCCGCCAAAUUCAACGCGAUCGACUCGAGCGACUGCCGCCUUCGAGCCGUGGGUCCCACCAUCGAUCCUGACCCGCGUGCACCGUUUCGUUUCGCAUCAAGGAAAGUUUCGAUUUCUGAACUUAACUUUUCAACUACCGAGUUUUUUUUCGUAGUUUUUUCUUGAUUUGUUUGCAUUCGCUCAUCGAGCCAAGAUUCGGAUAUAUGGAGAAUCAAACUGUCACGGACCGCUCUUUUAUCGGGGUUUAUAUGCUUAAAAUUAUGCAAUUCUUGUUCAUAGUUUUUAAUCCCCCAAGCGAAUUCAUCACACAGAUCUUCCAAAAUUACCCUCGAUCGUCUCUCGUUUUCCAAGUCACGUAACGCGUUUGCAAGGGUCGUUUUCGUCUCGUAAAGCUCCCGAGCCAAUUUCCUAUGAAGCAUCUCGGACCGUUUUCGUAAUUUUCUUUCAUCUUCAAGCUCGUCUCUCACGGAUUGACCUUGUUUAUCUUGUGAAAUUUGAUUCAUAAGAUGUUGCAUUUCAUGGCGAUCAGAUUGUCUGUCCCGGGCCAGUUCUUUGAUUUUGGCCCGUGACAGGUCUAGUUCGCGCUUUAAAGCGCGAACUAGGUUUACGUUUGUUGUGUGUUGUUCUUCGAGAGUCCAAAUUCGGUUUAAAACUUUAAGAAGCUCCGUGGAUGUUUUGAGAUUAUAAUUUGUUUCUCCGUUUCCUACUUUGAAUUCUAUAGAACUUGUGGGAGUGACAGCUGGAUUGUAAGGUGCGACCUCCAUUGAACUACUUCCAUAACUUGCAGGUGAGACUGCUCUAAUGGCGGUUUGGUUUCUUUGAGUCGUCCGGUGAUGUUGCAUCAGUGAUGCCGCCACGUGUCUUCUUAAAGUACUCGCACUCCCCUGCAUUCAUUGGGAAGCAGGGGAAGGAUCAUGGUUAUCCUCGAGAAGAUGAUGCCGGAGGUGAUGAUGGUGAUGGUGUUGGAGCUGCUGAUACCGGUGGUUCCUCCUGUUCCCUCCGCCUCCACCACCGUUGUGCAUUUUAGCAAAAGGAAGUCUGUACUGGUGAAGCUCCCAAAAAGUGGCAGCAAGCUUUCUAGCAGAAGCAGAAGGAGGCAAAGAAACUGUGAGACUCAAACCAGGGUUUUCUUCCUCCUCUGCUACCAACUCUCUAUCUUGCGCACCGCCGACGCUAUCUUGCGCACCACCGUUGCUGAUUUGAACACGGAAGGGCAAAACAGGGGUUAAUUGUCCGCCUCUUUUGCCUGCUAUUCUCCUUAACUUUUCCCCUAAAUUUUGUUGCUUUUUUGGUGGUGGCUCCUCCUCCUCUCCCCCACCUUUUUCUUCUCCUUCUUCACCCCCCUUUUUCAUCUAACUUUUUCAACUUUCUCUCUCUACCCACCACCAACUUUUCUCUCUCUUUGAAUUUUUGUUUUUGUUUUUUGUUUUGUUUUUUUUAUUCUGAAUCUAACAUCAGUUGAGGAGGGUGGCUUCUUUUUCUUUGUGUUGUUCUUGUUCUUCAACAGUGUGGAAAAUGGAAAUGUGGUCGAAUCAUAUCUGUGUGGCCUGUGGGGCCCAUGGGUUUUCAUGGCGAAAGGUCCCAAACGUUG